UCGUCCUCCCUUUUGCCCGGCAGCGGCGGAGAAACGGAAGAGCUUGGACGUUCCGCGGAAACGGAAGCGCGUCUCGCCGGGGAGAUGGCGGCGCUGGUGAAAGUCGUGAUACACUGUACUAGGGAACCUCAUUGGAUUGCAUUAUGCAACGGAUUGAUACAAACAACAUUAGCUCAACAGCAAUGGGGCAGGUUGCUACAUGCUUCUCUCCAGAGACACAACACUGGCCAGUUCCCAUUAACCAAAGUUUGCUGUAAUUUAAUACAAAGUAUCAGGACCAUAAAACAACCAAACAGAACAUUUCAUCACACAAAGGUUUUUAGAAGUUCCGCUCAGCCAUCUGAAGAGAAAGUAGGAACUUUCACAAAGAUAAUAGAAGCAAUGGGAUUUACAGGGCCACUAAAAUAUAAAAAAUGGAAAAUUAGAAUAGCAGCACUACGCAUGUAUACAUGUUGCGUGGACAAAAUAGACUAUGAAGAAUUCUUUAACAAAUUACAGAUCCCUGACACUUUCAACUCUUGGUUUUUAAUAGCACAGCUUCAUGUCUGGAUGUGCUUAGUACGAAUGAAACAAGAGGGCCGAGCAGGAAAAUACAUGUGUUACUAUAUAGUAUAUGCUAUGUGGGAAGAUGCUGAGCAACGUGGGAAGGUUAUGGGAGUUAAUUCUCUUAUCCUAAGAAGAAGUCUGAGAACCUUGACGGAAGUUUUCUAUGCAUCUAUUUUUGGAUAUGAUGAGGGAAUACUCUCAGAUGAUCAUGUACUUGCAGCAGCUAUCUGGAGAAAUCUGUUUGAAACACAUUGCAAGGAUCCUAGGCAGCUGGCAAUGAUGGUAGAAUAUGUGCGCAAACAGGUGCAGCAUCUGGAUGCUAUGUCAGGAGAAGACCUGCUGCUGUCUGGGGAAGUGAGUUGGCGCCCCCUAGUGGAACCUAAUCCACAAAGCAUUGUAAAGCCUGUUUCUCCAGUAUAUAACGAUGAAGGACUUUGAAUCCUGUCAACCAACUUGAAAAUGUUUGCUGUGUAUAUUACCUUUAUACUUGGAACAAUUUCUGGAAGCAGAAACUGAGAAUUGUUAGGAAAAAGCAUAAUAAAUGCAGUAUUGCUAUGUUAAAAAGAGUUUGUUCAUUUGUAAUUAUACAUUCUAAUAAAUCUAAAUACCAUGGUGUUUUUAGUAAUGUAUAUAUAUAUAGUAGCUACUAUUUAUUUGUGGAGUCUUUUACAGUUAUAUUAUCCCUAGGUCCUGGCACCUCAGAAAUUUAUCCUUUUGUGGGGAAAAUAGCCUAUCAACAUGAAGAGCAAAAUGUUUUCCUCAGCGAAGACAAGGAUCAGUUGCCCAAAUACUAUGAUCCUCGAAGCCUGAAAAAGAUGCAAAAUUUGUACAAUAUUUUUGUAUAAAUACAAAAAUAGGCAAAUAUUAUCUUGGGAAUUGCAAGUAUUGAAAUAAAGUUUCUUAAAGAUUUGCUUGUAAUUUCCCAUCUCACAUCAUAUUCAAUGUAAUAUAUAGAAUGGGGAACAUUUUCUUACUUUGCAAUUUAAGAAUAGAACAUUUUAAUGAUCUUAUAGAAAUCAUAACUUUCACAACCAAUCUGGAGGUAAUUAAAAGAGCAUUUAUAAAUGACUUGCAUGUUUUUUAGAAAUGCAAAUAAAAUCAGCUUAGUUUGAUCUGAUAUUGGGGAAGUGGAAUCUAUAUCUUUCCUCCCCUUUCUGAUUUUGAAGAAAACUCAUUUGCCGAAGCUAGUAUUUGCUUUGAAAGAGUAAUCCGUAUUGAAAUUUCACCUACUGAUAUCUUCAAAGGAUGAUUGUUCUAGGACUUGUAGGAGGAGAAGAAAAGGCCAAAUUAAUUUAGCCCCAGUAAUGAUCAGAUUUUUCUUCUAGCGAAUGUGAUUUGCAUUUUUACAAAACCUGUACGUUCAAUGCAACUCUAAUUUUAUCACCUACUUUGGUCCUAUUUUACCAUGGCUAGAAAUUCUAGUAUCAAGGUCCAUUGUUUGAUAUUAUUAAGAUAACUCAAAGGCUUUUUUUUCUGAUUUUCUUAGAAAUUAUCCUGAAUUGUUCAUAUAAAGCAAGUUGAAACAUUAUUCCUUUUUAGAAGAGAAUUUUGUGUUUUUUUAUUAUUGUCAUGGGCAGCCCUAAAUAUCCUCCUGUUUCGCCUUUUGGGUUUUGUUUUGCUUUAAUUGAAAAGUUGUGAGAGAUAUAUUCUCCACAAAUUUAGGGUCUGGCUCCACUAAAUGUACUAAAAUAUAGUUGUCUGUUUUACAUUUUAAGCAGUGCUUUAUUCCAGAAGUUUUAUAGCUUGAUGUAUAUAUGCAUUACAAUUGUGUGUUAUGUGAUCAAGGUUCUGCCAAUGCUCUUCUGCUCUUAUAUAUUCUCCAAAAGCUUUUGAGCUGCUAUCACACUUUUCUACAUGAACUGUGGGGCAAGACUUUUGAAAAUGACCAAUUCUUUUCAGAAGUUUAAGGAGUUCAAAUAACACAAUGCUGUUACUGGGUUAUUGUAUAUAUUUUGCUCUGAAUGAUCAUGUAAAAAGCCAAUACAGAAGAUGCUUUAUUUGAGAGAAGAAAAUUAAUGGAAAUUCUACCAAAGAGCCAAUAUCUUUAACUCAAUUCAAAUGCAUAAUCUGUUCCUACAACAUGUAUUAUUGGAACUAAUGUAUCUGUUAAUGAAGGUGACCAAUUAUAUUAACCAUUUGAAUGGAAAGGACAAUACAUCCAUUUGCAAAAAUGUCUAUGCUGAAUGGGGCAAAUAUGCAAUUCUAGAUGCUCUAUUAUUGUAUUGGUUCAAUUUCCUUUCUGUCCAAAAACUAAAUUUGCUAAAUGCAAUCCCAAUCAUUUAAAUUAUUUUUUUCUAAAUAAAGCUUACUCAGCUAAAUCUAUAAUAAAAUGAUGUGCUACUUUUGUAAAAACAUUUCAAAUCAAGCACUUUUUCCUCAGUUUAUUUAAGAUGCCUUUGUCGCAAGUUGUGCUAUACAGCUUAGAUAUGAAAUAAUAUGCAGAGUAUAUGUGAGAGUAACACCUUGCAACUUAUUAUGGCUGCAUUACAUUUAUAAAACAAGGCUUAGCUGUGGAAGAAUCAGCUGAUUAAUUUUUUUAAUAUAACUGAAGAACCAAAAUAAAUUUACUGUGUCUCUUGUUGCUCUGUGAAUUCACAGAAAAAAAUGAACAAAUUGAAUACAUUAAUUCUUAAUGUGGAUAUUAAUUAAAACAUUUCCCUUUCUGUGUUCAGAGUUGACUUCUUUAGCAGGUGCUGGUUAACACUGAAGUGGCUUGAGAAGCACUAAUCUUGGAAUAAUUUAUUGUUGGAACAGUUGUACUAAUUUAAAGUGUUGCACUAGGACAUAGAAA